AUGCUGGCAGUGGUGGUGGACCAAGUACUUAGUGGGUUUCUCAGGCAGUGGCAUCUACAAACUGUCCACAUUGUGUAUAUGGGUGACAGAAGCCGUGGCCAGAGUGAGCAACAGUUAGUUGAAGAUUCAUACCUUGACAUACUAUCACAUAUUCUUGGAAGCAAAAGCGCUGCUAGGAAGUCCAUCUUGUAUAGCUAUAAGCAUGGCUUUUCUGGAUUUGCUGCAGUUUUAAGUCAGUCUCAAGCUAAGCUCAUUGCAGAUAUCCCAGGGGUUGUACGUGUGAUUCCGAAUAAAAUUCUUAGUCUUCACACAACAAGAAGUUGGGAUUUCUUGCACGUAAAGCAGGAUAUAGUAACUGGUGUUCUUACUAGGGGUCAAUCUGGAAGAGGCACCAUCGUUGGGGUCAUAGACACUGGUAUUUGGCCUGAGUCUGAGAGCUUUAGAGAUGAUCACAUGGAUAAUCCUCCUCCUCGGUGGCGUGGUAUUUGCCAAGGAGGACAAAACUUUGACCACUCCCACUGCAAUAGGAAAAUUAUUGGGGCACGUUGGUAUAUUAAAGGAUAUGAAGCUGAAUUUGGUAAACUAAAUACAAGUGAUGGGGUAGAGUACUUAUCUCCUCGAGAUGCAACAGGCCAUGGCACUCACACGUCAUCUACUGCAGCUGGUGUUCCAGUAGAAAAUGCAAGCUUUAGGGGACUAGCUAAAGGGUUGGCAAGAGGUGGUGCUCCAAAAGCUUGGUUAGCUAUCUACAAAAUUUGUUGGUCUACUGGGGGAUGCAGUUCUGCUGAUCUUCUAGCAGCAUUUGAUGAUGCAAUAUUUGAUGGGGUUGACAUUCUUUCAGUGUCUCUUGGCUCAUCUCCUCCACCUCCAACUUAUGUAGACGAUGCGUUGGCCGUUGGUUCUUUCCAUGCUGUAGCUAAAGGAAUUUCUGUGGUAUGCUCUGGGGGCAAUUCUGGCCCAUAUUCUCAAACUGUCAUAAACACUGCCCCUUGGAUUAUUACCGUUGCUGCCAGUACCAUGGACAGAGAAUUCCCUUCUGUAAUUGUCCUGGGAAACAAUCAAACUCUACAGGGUCAGAGUUUAUAUACAGGGAAAGAUUUGAGCAAGUUUUAUCCUAUUGUUUAUGGAGAAGACAUAGCAGCUUCGGGUGCAGAUGAAGAAAAUGCAAGGAGCUGCGAUUCAGGAAGCCUGAAUGCAACCUUAGCUAAAGGAAAAGUAAUCCUAUGUUUCCAGUCUAGGUCACAGAGGUCAUCCACAGUUGCUGUAAGAACUGUAGUGGAAGUUGGUGGCGCUGGUCUCAUAUUUGCUCAGUUUCCAAUUAAAGAUGUCGAAAUAUCGUCGAGUAAGCCCUGUGUCCAAAUUGACUUCAUAGCGGGAACAACUAUUUUAUCAUACAUGGAAGCAUCUAGGAAUCCUAUAAUCAAGUUUAGCAAGAACAAAACAAUUGUGGGGCAACAGAUAUCCCCGGAAGUGGCAUUAUUCUCUUCGCGAGGACCAAGUUCUGUAUCUCCUUCAGUGUUGAAGCCUGAUAUAGCUGCUCCUGGGGUCGACAUUCUAGCAGCCUGGUCACCUGCUUCUUCUGCCCAGUUGCUAUCUGAUGCAAAUCAAGAUGAGUUUCCUCCCCUUAACUUCAACAUUGAAUCAGGAACUUCCAUGGCAUGCCCCCACAUAUCUGGUAUCGUAGCACUUAUAAAGACUAUCCAUCCAACUUGGAGCCCUGCUGCUAUUAAAUCUGCACUUGUCACAACAGCUUCUCUGAAAAAUGAAUACAACGAGUACAUUGGGGCUGAAGGAGCACCACAUAAACAGGCUGACCCAUUUGACUAUGGGGGUGGUCACGUUGAUCCCAACAAAGUGACAGAUCCUGGACUCGUAUAUGACUUGGAAAACUCAGACUACGUUCGUUUCCUCUGUUCUAUGGGCUACAAUGACACUGCAGUAAGGUUAUUAACAGGCUCUCCUACUAGGUGCCGUAAAUCACCCAAGUUCUUAUUAAACAUGAACCUGCCUUCUAUUAUUAUUCCCGAGCUGAAGCAACCUUUGACAGUAUCAAGAACAGUCACUAAUGUUGGCCCAACUAGCUCUGUCUACACUGCCCGUGUUGUAGCUCCAAUUGGUAUCUCGGUGACAGUUGAGCCCCCAAUCUUAAUAUUUAGUUCUAAAACAAAGAAAAUGAAACUCAAUGUGACAUUUUCUUCGAAGCUACGAAUUCAAAGCGGGUUCUCAUUUGGGUACCUGUACUGGGAAGAUGGGUCACAUGAAGUCAGGAUACCGUUGGCAGUUCGCUCUGUAGUGGAUGAAUUUUGUGCAGAAACAUAA